UACACACUCGUACCCUCGACGGGCCCGCCCAAUUAAAGGGCACAAGUGUUACGCGUAAGUAUUUGGAAAGGACAGAAGUAAACAAAGCGUUACGUGGAAGUCGGAAGUGUACGCUAUUUCUCUUCCGGUUUAUACUUCUCCGUCGCUGUAGAAGUUGUUUCGAAGAAGCAAUGUCUGAUGAACCGGCAUCGUCUCUCCGGAUAUCGGAAAUCAAGGAUCCGGUGAUCUUGUUCGAGCGCUACAACACCGAAGACAUCCGCGGCAUUGAGCGGAAAGUCCGCGGGGAAAUCGAGCAGAAAAGGGAGGAACUGAGACAGAUGGUGGGGGAGCGCUACCGGGAUCUGAUUGACGCCGCCGACACAAUCGGAGAGAUGAGGGAGAGCUCGGCGAGUGUUGUCCAGUCCAUCCAAGACAUGUAUCAGUACUGCCACCGACUAAAGCAAGGCAAAGUCUGCGUCAGCAGCCACAUUCCAGAGAGGCAGUGGCAGGACAGUUUUUACACUAUGGCCUCUCAGAUUAAGCUCUUAUUGGAGAUUCCCGAGCGCAUCUGGAGCGCCAUGGAGGCCUCCCAGUACCUUCAGGCAACUCGUCUCUACCUGCUGUGUUGUCGUCUGCACGGUCUCCUUCAGUUGGAAGCUGGCACAGGGGGUCAUUACAGUCCUGCCCUGACCCGCUUCCCUAUCCUUGUCCGCCAAGUAGCCACAACUGGUCACUUCAGGUCCACCAUCCUUUUAGACAGUAAGUCUCUGUUGCGGGGUCGUGCAGUGUCUGACCAGGCCAUUGCCGAGGCCCUCCUGUCCACGAUGCUGCUGGAGGACAGCUCCCCGCGCCAGGCACUUGCUGAUUUCUUGUUAGCACGAAAAGCUUCCAUCCAUCAGUUGCUCAACCAGCCCCAACAUGGUGCGGGUAUCAAGGCUCAAGUGUGCAGCCUCGUAGAACUGCUGGUGACCACUUUGUUCCAAGCAUAUGCUGUUUUCUACAUGCACCCUGAGGGGGGGCCCAGGCCAGGGGAGGAAACCCUCAGCUGUGGCCUUUUGUUUUCCAUCCUGGAAAAUGUCACGUCAACUGCAUCGGCAGCUAAAGAUAAGAAUGUGCUUCAGGACGACACAAGUACAGGCAGCUGGUUGAAGUACCUGCCCCCCUCUGUCACGGAGUUCCAGCCGACGCUUCGCACACUUGCGCAGCCAAUCCAAAGAGAGCAGCUGCAGGACACCUUACAGCAGUGGAUCAAUACAUGUAAGGAGGACAUCUGCCAUGGUGUUGGUAGCCUUCUGGUCUAUGUGAAGAGCCUGAAGGGACUGGCAGCUAUUAGAGACGCUGUUUGGGACCUCCUCUCCGCUGAUUCCAUCAGUCAGCAUUGGAACACAGUAUGCCAGCGGCUGCUCGAAUGCCGUCUGGCCAUCUGGGAUGACUUCCUUCAACAGCUCUUCCUUCAACGCUUGCAGGCUAUAACCAAGGAAGAAACCGAAGAGAUCUCAACGAGCUCGGUGCAGCUCCUUACCUCAGCUGUGAGGGAUCUUGAGGGACAGACAUCCAAUAGUCGGGAGGCCCAGUAUGAAGUAGACGUGUCUUCCUAUUUGUGGUCGGAGUCUCCGGGAGACCUGCCGAGUGAUGCAGGUUGGGUCAGCGUGGCCCAGAGGGGGGAACAGCAGCAAAGAAGCGGUUUGGCCAUGAAGACCCAGGCGCUGACACCCUGCGUUCAAAACUUUUGCUCUUCCCUGGACGCUAAGCUGAAAGCGCGGCUUGAUGAUCUCCAACACUACCUUCCGUCCAAGGAGUCAGGCCCAGACGCCCUAUCAGUUCCAAUUUCAUCAUCAGGACCUACAGAGGGCUCGUCAGCAUCCUCCUUCAACCGCUUCACCGACACGCCGGCAGUGGAGGAGGCUUUACGAGACGGUUGCCUGACCUGCGUUCACCACAUUCUCUCCGCCGUCCGUUCCGAAUUAGCUACAGUUUCGCCAGAGCCCAGCCCAGCCAGACUGAAUUCAGUCCUUUUCAUGGCAAGGUUGUGUCACUCUAUGGGGGAGCUGUGCCCCAAUUUGAAGCACUGCAUAUUGGGACAACAGAGUGGCUGUGAGGCCAAAGUGACUCCGAGGCAGAGCAAGAAAUUGGGCAAAACAAGGGCAGCCCCACAGGUCAGCGCUGCUCAGGCCAAGUGGGCAAAACUGAAAGAGGAGCUUCUCGACUGCAGCAUGGAGGCCUACCACGUCUGGAGCUCAACUCUCUCAAAAAGGUUGCUGGAGAAGUUCCGUACAGCUCUUCAUGCAGAUACCGCCGGUGCCAUCUUAACAAACGCGACAAACUGGGAAGAUUUCGAGAUCCAAGAGGAGGCCGAGUCAGGGAGCAACGUUACAUCCAAAAUUCGUCUUCCUGUCCAGGCAUCAUUGUUUGUCCAGUCGCUGCUCUUUGAGCUGUGUGUUGAAGUGAACAGGGUCGGGGGUCACGCACUGCCACAACCCACCUUGCAGGAGCUUCUGCAAGACUGUCUGGAUCAAGCUUUGAGGCACUACCAAAGCCUCACACAGAGAGUACCCAGGGAAGGAGCCUUUCCAAUGACUCAGAACAGAGCAUUGCAGAUGAUGUUUGACCUCCGUUAUCUUAACACUACUUUGUCUGCCAAUAUGGAAGAAGACAAGACCACCAAAUUCCAUCAAGAUCCCAGGAUGCAGGAAGUUUGUGAUUGGUUGGAGAGUCACAUUGACCCUUUUGACCUGGAUGUGUUCACACCGCCACUGAAUGCAAACCUUAGUCGUCUCUCCCAAAGAACAUCGGUACUGUUUGGACUGGUGACUGGCUCAGAAAAGCAGUUUGCUCCGAGGAGCAGCAGUGUCAACUCUCAGGAGCCUUACAACAUCCUUCCAAUGGCCAACACUCAAAUCAGGUUUGGGUUGUUGCCCAUCAGCAUGUAUGAUGGGCGCAAAUUGAAGUCAAGCGCCAAAGGCUCCAGUGAACCACACCAGCUGCCUAUUCCAUCAUCCUCAGCAGACAGUCUGGAAAGCUUCCAGCCGGGCAGCCUCUUCCGACAGAUGGCAGAAGAAGAAGACACAAACUCUCAAUCUUUAUUUAAACUCGGUUGGCUAUCUGGCAUGAGCAAAUAACUUAACAUACACAUUUUUUGUCGUCAGCAUCAUGUCUAUUUGCUAAUUAGGGCUACGUUUGGAAUUUUACUCUGCCGCCUGAAUAACCAAACGGCACAUCUGAACAAAGGACACAUUUCUGUAUGAAAAUGAUUUUUAUUUAUGUCAAACUGUAAUUUUUUGAGAUAGAGCAUAUGGGGAUUUUUGUUAGCUGCAACCUUUCCAUCUAUGCAUCCAUUAUCUGAACCGCUUAUCUUAUAAUUAUCAAAAUUAUGUUUAGAAUAAAACUGUGGACUGAA